AUCAAUUUUCUGAAAAAAAAAAAACCAAUAGUGGUAGAAGAAAUGAAAGCAGAGCAUUGAAUAAAGAGACUGAGGAAGGAAGAGGAUUAGGGAAUAGGGAACAACCGGAUUUUCUUCGCAUCCAAUGCAUUCUAAAUCCUUUGUAUCAAAUGUUACCCAUUUAUCUGCCCUCUUACAAACUCAUCUCUCACAAUCUCAUCUUCUUCAAAUUCAUGCUCGAAUCAUCUAUUUAGGUGCCCAUCAACAUAAUCUUAUAGCAACCCGUUUAAUUGGUCGAUACCCAUUUCAUAUUGCACUUAAAGUGUUCGAUCAUUUGCAUUCUCCGAAUAUAUUCCCUUUUAAUGCAGUUAUUAGAAUUUUGGGUCAAGAAAAUGAUCAAUCUUUCCUUGCUUUUUCUUACUUUAAACUUUUAAAACAACACUCACUUUUUCCUAAUGAUUUUACCUUUUCUUUCCUCCUUAAAUCUUUUAUUCACUCAAAUAAUGCUGAUUAUCUUAAACAAGUUCAUACCCAGAUCAUAAAAGUUGGAUUUUUGAAUGAUCCUGCUGUUUGCAAUGGUCUUCUUGCUAUAUAUGUGAAAGGUACUAAGGAUUUUUUUUCGGCUCGCAAGGUGUUCGAUGAAAUGCCUGACAGAAGUACGGCCGUUUCAUGGACUUGUUUGCUUGAUGGGUAUGCUAAGUCUAGUUUAUCAGAGGAAGCAUUGGAUUUAUUUCAAUUGAUGGUUAAGAAUAAGGUAAUACCCGAAAACGGAACCUUGGUUAGUAUUCUAUCAGCUUGUGCUAAGCUUGAUAUGGGUGAUAUAGAGAACUGGAUUAGGAUUUUUACAGAUAGUAUUCAGUCCUAUGAUCAUGUCUCAAAUGAUUCAGUUAACAUAGUGCUUACUUAUUUGUAUGGAAAAUGGGGGAAGGUCAAUGAAUGCAAGGAAGCUUUUGAUAGAAUUGGUCAUAAGGGUAAAAGAAGUGUGGUAUCAUGGAAUGCAAUUAUAGGUGCAUAUGUUCAAAAUGGCUGUGCUUUAGAAGCUUUGAACAUUUUUAGGAUGAUGAUUGAUUAUUCUUAUGUUAAUCCAAAUCAUGUUACAAUGGUUGGGGUUCUUUCUGCUUGUUCUCAAGUAGGUGAUCUUGAUAUUGGUGUAUGGGUUCAUGAGUACAUGAAAACUCGAAAUCGUGAAAAUGUUCUGCAGACAAACUCAUAUCUAGCUACAGCUAUGAUUGAUAUGUACUGUAAAUGUGGUGAAUUGAGCAGAGCAAAAGACGUUUUUCGCUCAUUGCAAUCCAAAGAUGUUAUAUCUUACAGUGUGAUGAUUAUGGGUCUGGCUGUUAAUGGUGAAGGGGAUGAAGCAUUAAGAGUUUUCUAUGAAAUGUUAGAAUCUGGUUUUAGUCCAAAUAGUGGAACAUUUCUGGGUAUUCUAAGUGCAUGUUGUCACUCAGGAUUGUUAGAUGUAGGACGCCAAAUCUUUCAAGAUAUGAACACAAAAUACUCUGUAUCACCCCAAUUGGAGCACUAUGCUUGCUAUAUUGACCUACUAUCUCGAGUUGGUCGUAUCGAAGAAGCCCUUGAUGUUGCUAAAGCAAUGCCCUUUAAGCCUAAUAAUUUUGUUUGGGGUGCUUUGCUUGGAGGUUGCCUGCUCCAUUUUAGAGGAAAACUUACUGAAGACAUAUCUAGAAGACUGAUUGAAGUAGACCCACAAAGUUCUGCUGGCUAUGUUUUGUUAUCUAAUGCAUUGGCUCGUGAUCAUGAGUGGGGUAAAGUCUCAGGUUUAAGGAGAUUCAUGAAGGAAACUGGGGUGAAAAAACAUCGAGGCUGUAGUUGGAUUAGCAUUGAUGGCAAUGUGCAUGAAUUUCUGUCAGGGCCAUGUUAUCAUUUUGAAGUUUCAAGCAUUAGUACAAUGUUGGGUUGGCUGUUGAAGGAAAUGAAGUUGCCUAGUUGAUUCAUGAUGCAUUGUGUAUAUUGAGAUGCUUGAUAAUUUUCUAACAUUUUACAUAAAAUAUCCAUUGGAGGCUGGAUCAAUCAUCCUCUCAACCAACUUGGGAGGUAUUUAAAGUUGAGCUACUCUAGUGAGAGACUGUCUUUUGAUGAGACGGUCUCAAAUAACAAACUUAUAUGCUAAUUAUUAUAUUAGUGGCUAUUCAACCCAUGUAUAGGACACGUCUCACAUGAGAAUUUGUUUUAAAGCUCUUUCUCCCACAAUAUAAUUCUUUCCCAUGGUAUUUACUUGUCUUGAUUCUUUAGUUGCUACUCUUCUUUUUAUAGGGUGAUGCGGCUUUGUUUUUGCACUAUGGUAUUGAUCAUCUACAAAACACGCUUGAUUGUAUGCUGAAGCCUUUGCAUUUCUUGGUCUGACAAGUAAAUUUGUAGACACAUAGUAUGGUUGAUGUUGUACAGGGUGGUCGUCAUGCAUUAGAGGCUGCUAGUUCAUUGCCUCAUGAUAUGGGCAACCAGCUCUAUGCCAAUGACUAAAGUAUGAACUCUCUCUUGAUAGAUACACUAUUAUAAAUAGAUACGGCUAUGGAUGCUUAGUUCCACUGUACACGAGAAAUGCACAUGGAUUGAAAACAUAAUCGACUUAGCGAUCGCAUCCUUCCUCUUCUCCGUGUGCUUGGUCUCCACGGCCUCAUUCACCCUUCAUUGUAUCACCAUUAAUUCGACCUGGUCGUGUGUGUCCAAUGCCAGUUAUGGCUACUUACAUCCGUCAUCAAAGGGGUACACUUGAUACGGUUGAGGCGGGUUUAGGCUUGUAUAUAUCAUGGCUUGUAUUUUAGGCUUUAUUUUGUAUAUGUAUUCAUGUAUUUGGACUAAAUUGUUUUGCUUCUCAAGAUAUAUUGGUGAAGAAGGAUUGUUAAGGUUUUGGCUAUGUUGUGUUGAAGUUGAUUGGAGAGGUGGUUAAAUAGACUUGUAGGAGGUAUUAUAAUGCUUUAUGGGGGACUUGUAAAUAAAUAUAACAAAAAACUAAGAGUAUGUUGCUAAGUGGAUUGGUAAUAUACUAAAAUUUG